AACUAACUUCCAUAUUGGCUCAGGUUGGCUCCAUUGCAGCUGGUGGGCGUUAUGAUAAUCUUAUAGGAAUGUUUGGCACAAAGCAGGUUCCUUCAGUAGGUGUUAGCCUUGGAAUUGAGCGUGUGUUUGCUAUAAUGGAGCAGCUUGAAAAAGAUCGCAACCAGUCGGUCCGACCAACAAAGACACAAGUUUUGGUGUCUAUUCUUGGGGAGGACCUCUCUCAAGCUGCUGAGUUGACGAGUGAAUUGUGGCAGGCCAAAUUGAAAGUAGAGUUCAUGGUCAACAAAAGAGUGAUGAAACAUAUUGACCGUGCCAAGGAGUCACGUAUCCCGUGGAUGGUGAUUGUUGGUGAGCGUGAACAAAACGAAGGCAUCGUCAAAUUGAAAGACAUAGAAGCCAACAAGGAGGAGGUGGUCCCAAGAAACAGGAUAGUAGAGGAACUACGGAGACGAUUGGAUGUCUUGUCUUUGUAG